AUGCAGACUGACCAUGACUCGACCAGACCCUACACCACCUCAACCGCCUUCUUCGAGGCCAUCUCGGAGGCCGGCAUCACCCAUGUCUUCGUCAACCUGGGUUCGGACCACCCUUCCAUCAUGGAGGCAAUCACCAGAGGCCAGAGGGAAAAGGGCGUGAACUUCCCUAGAAUCAUCACCUGCCCCAAUGAGAUGGUUGCGCUGUCCAUGGCCGACGGCAUGGCGCGCUUGACCAACAAACCCCAAUGCGUUAUUGUCCACGUCGACGUCGGAACCCAAGGUCUGGCCGCGGCCGUCCACAACGCCUCCUGCGGCCGCGCGCCCGUCCUCAUCUUCGCCGGCCUCUCCCCCUACACCAUCGAAGGCGAAUACCGAGGGUCAAGAACAGAAUACAUACACUGGAUUCAAGAUGUGCCGGAUCAGAAACAGAUUGUGGCGCAGUACUGCAGGUAUACCGCCGAGAUCAAGGGUGGCAGGAAUGUCAAACAAAUUGUCAAUCGAGCUCUCCAAUUCGCGACCAGCGAUCCCAAGGGACCCGUCUAUCUCUACGGUGCCCGUGAGUCUAUGGAGGAGGACAUCGAGCCAUACCAUCUCGAUCAGCAGGUGUGGGGACCUGUGGCCCCCGCAGCUCUGCCACAAGAGGGCGUGGCGCUCAUCGCGGAGGAACUGGUCAAAGCUAAGGAGCCCUUGCUCAUCGUGGGCUACACCGGCCGCAAUCCUGAGUCGGUGGCUGCCGCCGUGGUUUUGGCGGACAAAAUCCCUGGUCUUCGGGUCCUGGAUUGCGGAGGUUCCGACAUGUGUUUUCCGUCAGAUCACCCGGCGGCGCUGGGACUGCGGUAUGGUAACGACCGAGCCGUCACCACUGCGGAUUUCAUUCUAGUGGUGGACUGCGACGUCCCUUGGAUUCCUAAACUGUUCAGACCCAAGCCAGACGCCAGAAUCAUUCACGUUGACGUUGAUGUGUUGAAGCGGCAAAUGCCUGUCUUCUAUAUCUGGGCGUUUGCUCGAUUUAGCGCUGAUUCCGCCACCGCGUUCAAGCAGGUGAACGAAUAUCUGGCCUCAAACGAGAAGCUCUCUGCGGCUUUGUCAGACGAGGCCCACGCCGCGGCGGGGAGGAAGCGACAAGAGUCAUAUACAGCACGCUGGGGCGAAUUCAAGGCAUUGGCCAAAAUACCCGAAGACCCGGCGAACACGGCGAUCAAUCCUCACGUACUGGGCGGUCAGAUCAGAGCAGCCGUGCCGCAAGACACCAUCUUCGCCGUCGAGGCUGUCACCCUGAGCACCUUCAUAGCCGACCAGAUAGCGCCCGUGCAGGCGAAGACGUGGAUCAACUGCGGCGGUGGCGGGCUGGGGUGGUCCGGGGGCGGCGCGUUGGGCAUCAAACUGGCGUCGGAUUUUGAGAAUCGCGACGUCGCGGCCGGCGACCGGUUCGGCACCAACAAGGGCAAAUUCGUGUGCCAGAUCGUCGGGGACGGCACGUUCAUGUUCUCGGUGCCCGGGUCCGUGUACUGGAUCGCGCGACGGUACGACAUCCCGAUCUUGACCGUGGUGCUGAACAACAAGGGCUGGAACGCGCCGCGGCGGUCGAUGGUGCUGGUCCACCCGUUCGGCGAGGGCAGCAGGGUCGACAACAAGGAGCUGAACAUCAGCUUCGACCCGACGCCCGACUACGCUGGCAUCGCCAAGGCCGCCGCGGGGGGUCAGGCCUGGGCCGGGACCGUGAGCAGCGUGGCGGAACUGCUGGACGCGCUGCCCCAGGCCGUCGAGGCCGUCAAGGGGGGCCGCUGUGCCAUCUUGGAGGUCAAGCUGUUUGAGAAGUUGCCAGACCCUGAGGAGGCGAACGUGAAGACGGCGGUAGCGGCGCCGAGUAGUGGGUGA